AUGACAAAUGAAACCCUAGUAGAAAUAGAUAACCUAGUUUAUCUAGCCAGAGAACCAGAUACUUUACUAACAGAAGAAAUAGAAAAAGUGAUAACAGCCCAAAAUGAAUCUCUUAUUGAACCUAUGAAUAGCUUAGAUAAAGAAGAAGAGUUAGAAACUUUACAAUUCAAUAAGCAGCUUAUUGAACUUAUUGAUAGCUUAGAUGAUGAUAAAAAACAGCAAUUGGUUGAAAUACUUUCUAAUUCUCUUUAUCAGCUACAAAAAAGUUAUUCUGCCUAA